AUGUAUCAAACCAUAGGUAUUUCAUCGAUUCCUAAGAGUCAAGACCAAACUAAUCAAAACUACCAAGAGCAAGGAUAUUUUUCUAAAAAUCAUUUUGAUGAAGCUAUUUCAACCCAUCAAAGAAUAAUAGAAAAUAGAGAUAAAAGUCGUUUUUUUUUCCUACGUCAUAGAAAAUUGAGAAUUCUAAUUUGUUUCAAACCCGAACCAAAGACUAGAAAUGAUAUAGAUAGAAAUCGAGUAUUUUGGAACGAAAAGAAGAAAAAAAGCAGCACCCAAGUUUCCCUUAUUUCUCAAAAAGAAAACAAAGAAAGUAGAGGGUCUGUUGAAUUUCAAGUAUUCAGUUUCACCACGAAGAUAAAGGAACUGUCUUCCCAUUUAAAAGUACACAAAAAAGACUUUUCAUCUCAGAGGGGUUUGCGAAAAGUUUUGGGAAAACGUCAACGGCUGCUGACCUAUUUGUCAAAAAGAAAUAGAAAGCGCUAUAAAAAAUUAAUUGGCGAGUUGGAUAUUCGAGAGAUCAAAACUUGUUAA